CCCCGCCUCCAAAUUCGAUUUUGAAAACUUGACUAAUCUAUUGUAUUCCGAGAAAUUCGCUAGUCUCAAAUUAUUUUGAAGCUCCAGUUGUAUUAACAUUGAAGCUCCAGUUGUAUUAAACUGUUAAACACUUGUAAGUUGCCGUAUUGUUAAUUAAUCGCAGUGCGAUGUUUCUUGUUUUAUUCAAUAUUUGUGAAUUUUCAUGUUGAACUGACAUAUAGUAAUACAAUACCAGUUUCUGAAUUGAGAUCACGUUUGCAGUCAAAGUUAAACUUCAUUGACACUGCAGUUCUUCUGGAUUCAUCGUCCGUUCUUUGCUUUGCUGCGUUUUUCCUUCUGAAGCGUUAUCACUUCCAUAGGAAGAUGCAGAAGAAGAAGGUGACAUUGUCAUUUUCUGGAUGUGGAUUUUUGGGCAUCUACCAUGUGGGUGUUGCCAGCUGUUUUCGGGAGUUUGAGGAAUAUUUCGAAGUGGAGAAGAUCGCUGGAGCUUCGGCUGGAGCUAUCGCUGCUGCCAGCUACCUUUGUGGUGUCUGCUUAGGACAAGCGACGACCGAUGUUCUCAAUAUCGCCCGAGCAGCACGUGCUAGCCCCGUGGGACCGCUAAGUCCACGCUUCAAUUUGGUCAAGAUCAUCCGUAAUGGCCUGCAGAAAGUGCUGCCGGAAAACGCCCACAAGAUCUGUUCCGGACGCUUAUCAAUAUCGCUGACCAGAUGUCACGAUAGGAAAAAUCGCAUGGUGACCGAAUUUGCUAGCAAAGAUGAUCUGAUCCAGGUGCUGAUUUGCUCUUCAUUUGUCCCUUUUUAUUCUGGAAUGAUUCCUCCAUAUUAUGACGAUGCGCGAUACUGGGAUGGUGGGAUCACCAAUAAUUUGCCAACGUUCGAUGAUGCUACGGUUACAAUUUCACCGUUUUCCGGCGAAAGUGAUAUUUGUCCGGCGGAUAGCUCAGCCGCAUUUCUGGAAAUGAAUUUCGCCAAUCAUAGUCUUCGUGUCAAUACUCGGAAUAUUUACCGAGUUUCCCGAGCUUUAUUCCCACCUCAUCCUGAGGCCUUGAGUGAGAUCUGUCGGGAAGGAUAUGCGGAUACUUUGCGAUAUAUCAAAAAUGUUUUACUUUGUGGCAUUCCAUUGCGGAAGCCCAGCGAUACCCCUCAACCGGUGAUUCCCGAAAGGGAACCUGUUGGAGGUAGCGAAAAGAAUGGACCGGAAAUUAAUUCUAUUGUUUCUGUACACCCGCAAGAGAGUGAAGCACCACCGCAAGACGUGGAGCCUCCUAAUGCCGUUGUUCAGACUUUCAACGAAACCGGUUUACCUGUAUUAGUGUCGGACGCUUUUCGGGAAGCUUGCGCUUCGAAGCAACACCCGGCAAUCCGUGCGGUGCAAUACAUGACCAUUCCUUGGGUACUCCCGUUGGAGUUCAUGUAUACAACCUGCGUCAGAUUGGUCGAGUUAACACCAUUCCCUCGCACCAUGGAGCUGGAAUACUAUGUUGAGCUGUUCUCCGGCGUAGCGCAGCGCAUCGCUUACAAACUUCUCAGUAAUCACCGGACUGGUUCCUGGCUGAAAUGUGCAUGCAAUCUGGAAUCGGUAAAGAUGUCCAUUUCCGCCGAUAAGAAUCACUGUUAUGUACACGGCGGCGCCACCUUGCAUCACUCACGCAGUGUCACAUUCGCAUUCGCCAUGUCCAUUGAGGAGACGGUAACCGCCGACCCAUCCACGGAUGAUUUUCUAGAGUUUGCAAAAAACAAACCCGUGGAUUAUAAGCCCAGCAUGGAAGUGGUCCAUCACGAAAAGCAUCCCGGGGAGAUUAAACUUUUGAUGGACGACAGUGACACUUUUGAGGAGGUGGUGGCCGUUCUGCAGCAACAUGACGAUGAAAUGGUGGAGUAUUUUGAGCAUCUGCUGCAAGCCCCGCAGCCGCCAUUGGUUAUUGCGACGAAGAGCGCGGAUUUGGCACUGGCUGACCAUACUGGAGUGGUUGUAAUGGAGAUCGACGAUCAGAUGGGCAGUAUGUAGUCGGUAUUGUAGCUGUUGAUGAUGUAAUGAGUGGCUUGAGAACCUGGCGCUGUGCAGGACAUGCGGCGGCCAACAACCAAAUUAUCAUCUGAUUUUUCUCUCAUUGGAAAUUCCCGUGACUGUGUUAUCGCUGCUUUUUGAUCUAGUCAGAAUUUGGGUUACCGAUAUGGCGAUAUCUGUGGUUUCUUGUUGAUAGUCAGUCGAGUGUAUUUAGUUUGCUUUCGAAACUUCCUGGUAAUUCCUGUGUAUAGUGCUUUUGCUUGCAAUUUUCAAAGUUUUAUUUGUACAUAGUAGUAUUCCGUGGUGUAUCAUGUCUGUACACUGUUCCACUUUGUUGUGAUGUUUUCAGGAAUUAUGGCAUGGUACUGGUUAUAAAGAAUUCGUAUGAAAAUACGUUUUGUCAUACGAGCACACCUAACACGGCAUACUUAUUUUAUAAAUAUCAGUUUGUUACAGUAAUGUGCAGCAUAAUGAGCAUAUUUCCAUAACGUUAUUAGCUAAAAAAUAACAUCACUUAUGCGAAGUGAGUUUAAUGGAACUCGCGAGUUUAUUUUUAAUUUAGUGGAAUGCAGAGUAGCCCUAAUUAUCAGUAACAGGAAGUGUAAAAAUAGUGCAGAUAUUGUACGUUACGAAUUAAUGUUGCAGUUACUGCAUUGCUAGUUUAUUUUUGAACUUUUAUCAGUUUCAAACAAAUUUAUUUUAAUGAUGCUGGGUGCUUAAAACUUUCUGAGUGUCCAAAUAAAAAGAUUCUAUAAAUUUUAUAUUGCACAGUUAAACUCGAUUGAGUUAAACUCGACGUAGCGGUUCAUACACCGGAAAUGAAAAAUGACCAUUACGUAUUGGAGAAUGGAACUGUGUGUAGACUGUGUUAUUCAGAAUCAUGUCAAGUUAGCGCUGCAGAGGAUUCACAUCGCGGAAACGGAGAAUCUGGAAAAGUGAGUCACUGAAUUUUUUAUGGAACGAUGCCGCACACAUCGCACUCAUUAAGAAGAACAUCGUCCGAUCUUCGGAACGCAAAGGACGAUUUAUAUCAGUUUGGUAAGUAUCGUCUCCAUCCCUGCGAAACUACAGAAUACCCGGACCAUGACUCA